AGCCCUCGACGCUUUUGGAGGGCUGAUCUUGUGCAGAAAAAAUCCCUGACAUUUGAGGCGCUCCAGGGAUUUAACGAGCAUGCCCAGUGGCCAGAGCCUACAUAGAGGAAACUGGUUUACAUACGAGUCAUACCACGCAUAGCCUGCUUGUCAGUGCAGUUAACUUGCAGCGGGCUGUGAGGAGAACUGGCGCGUCUCUCUUUUUGUCCCAACAACAGUUUCAAAAUCUAUUUUUAAAGCGCAGCAUACACAAGGGUUUUCUAAAAACCUUGCGAAAACCGCAAUACGGCCCCUUACUUUUAAAGAAAGCAUCACCCCUUGACGGGUUGAAGUUUUUUUUUGUUUUGCUUAGAGAGAAGUUAAAGGCUGGGCCUUUAGCUUUUGAAGUUGUGUGCUAGACAAGCUGAGCGAGCGGUCGUGCCGUUUUCUCUCUCUCUCUCCUGGGUGGAAGCAAACAAGCUGGUCUUUUUGCUAACCCAAUAAAUGCUUCUUACGAAAAUGGACCUGUUGAACUACCAGUAUCUGGACAAAAUGAACAACAACAUUGGGAUUCUUUGCUACGAAGGUGACGCUGCUUUAAGAGCAGAGCCCAGAAUGCAGUCCAUGCCUAUGUCUUCUGUCUCCAAUCAUAGGACAGGGCCUCCACCCAUCAGCCCAAAUAAGAGGAAAUUCAGUGGGGACCAAGUAGAGGAUGAACUUGACUGUGACAAUGAGCACGUGGCCAAAAUGAGCCGAUUAUUUGCUGCACAGCUAGGCAAGCCAGCCAAUGGGGACUACCGCAAGGACCACAGAGAUCGCAGCCGCAGCCCGAUCGAGCGCGCUGCGGUGCCUGCCAUCGGUAUCCAUGCCAAUCACGUGUAUGCCCCCAUGCCCAGCUUGGCAAUGGAUCAGCCACUGGCACUGACCAAAAACAGCAUGGACGCUGCCAGGACCGUUUCCAUCUCCCCCAUUGAGCGGCAGCAGAAUCGUCCCUCGGUGAUCACCUGUGCUUCUGCAAACAACCGGAAUUGUAACCUCUCUCACUGCCCCAUUUCACACAGUGGUUGCAACUCCAGCCUCCCCUCCAGCUACAGGAGACCCUCCAACACUAACACCGCGUGCGACCCGGUGAUAGAAGAGCACUUCCGCCGAAGUCUCGGGAAGAACUACAAGGAGCCGGAGCCAGUGACAAACUCUGUUUCCAUUACCGGCUCCGUCGACGACCAUUUUGCCAAAGCCCUUGGUGAGACCUGGCUUCAGAUCAAGGCUGCGAAGAGCAGCGUGUCCGGCAGCCCUGAAUCGGCAUCUCGAAGGGGCCAGUCCCCUCCGUCCUCUCACAUGGUCAACCACAAUCACUCCCCCUCGGUGGUGUCGUGAGGAGUGGACCACAAACCCUUCAACUCAGAGCAACAUGCAUGAUUUGGCUGAGCUUGGAACAGUGCUAAAUAUAUAUAUAUCUAUUCAAACAAUUUGGAGAAAGGGGAGGAAGUUUUUAAGUACCUUUGCAUACUUGCUUGGCAUUUGCAGUAAAGGAUGCCCAAAAUAAGAAAAAAGAAACUAGCAGGAACUAUUUUUAUUAGGAAAUUAUUUCAGAUAGCAUCCCGACCACCUGCCUCAGUUACCAAAGAAACCUCUGAUGCAAAUCUGCUGCCCCUAUAAAGAAUAAGCCAUUCUUUCAGUGCUUUCCUCCCUGUUUUCUUGUUUCUUGAGUGUAGAGUUUGUGUGGUUUGCUUUUUAUCUCCUCCGUUAUGUAAUUUUGUAUGUUUUUACUUGAAAAGAAAGGCCAGGUCUGAUUUGCACUAUUGGGAGAUGGGUAGGAGUUGCUUGUCGACUUCAUGUCAGGCGUGCACCGUUUUCUUUGUGCUCCGAGGGCAAACUGCUGACAACGAUGGUUAGGUGAUGUUGCAUCUUUCUGCAUGAAGGCAAAAAAGAAGUGCUUUGGUGAGGGAAGGUCUCAUACAGGUUAUAGGUCUUUCUGUCUCUGUUUUCAGACUAUGCUUUUAUUAAUGCUUGGUGCUCACAACUGGACUGCAUCAUUUUCUAAACAUGGGCAUUUAUGUGUUUUGUAGUUGUUUCCUUAGCACUGCUGUUUGCUAGCAUAGUUGAGGUUUGAAGGGUAAAAUAGUGCUUACUGAUGCAUGUUUUAAAUAGCUGGUAUCUAUUAAUGUAUAGAUAUUAUGAAUCUUAAUGCUAUUAGCCUUCCUUCAGAUUAGUUUAUUUUUGUCAGUAACAGUCCUAGAUAUACUUACUGCUGGUACAGUUGUACUCAAUAUUUUUUUUAUGUGAUAUUCAUUAUGGUAGCAGCCAGCAACAGAGGACAGCCUCCGGACAGGCCAUAUAUAUAUAAACAGUUAGAUUUAUAUAAUGUUAAUCCGUGGUACAGGAUGCUAUAGCUUUGCGCAUGACUGAAUAAAGUAUACAUAAACAGCUGUAGACUGGUCAGCUUCAGAGUUGACCUGCUCCCUAUUUUUUUUAUUAAUUGUUUCAACUGCUACUUUAAACAACUUAGCAGGUUGCAGCAGCUUGUGAAUUAUUGACUUAUCAACCUGUGCCUAGGCAGCAUACAUUCCUCCAUUAGAGAACUUUGUACAGGUAUUGCAUUAUGUUUUGCUCAAUAUUGAUAGCUACUAACUAGAAGCAAAGAUGACAGAAGCAUUCAUAUAACACAGCUGGGCUUUUACUAAACCGCUUCUCAUCUUGCAUUCUUGUAUAGAAGUCAUGUGUCCAUACAUUCCAUCAUCCCAGUUCAGUCAUAGGACGUUUCAAACAUUAUAUGACAGUGCUAAAUGAUAAAUCUAUUUUUUUUUUAGAAAAGGGUAGCUGGCUGCCAGACAGCUGCAAUUUGAAACAAAUGUCUGAAUGGAGAUUAAUCAAGGCGUCUUUAAAACAAAAAAAUCACGGCCGAAUUCCUUGUCGAUUUUUUUAAAUUCAAUGCAAAUGUUACAGAAAAGUCAUGUGUCAUAUUUGGCCGUGAUAUUUCCUCUGUCAACCGAUGAACAGGAGAGGAGUACAGCCGUAAAGUGUCCUAAGGUAUUUUUCACAUUUCACUUCCAUUCUUCUGGGUGGGAAACACUCGUCUCUGCUUUGGCUUUCAAUACCCUACACACUGUAGGAAAAUCACUAAAUAAAAAAAUACACUUUUUUUAUAUAGGUAACUUUAAGACCAUCAUUACGCUGUGCGUAACGAAUGUACAGAAAAAAAAUUCGUAGGUAUUUUUUUGAGGAACAAUUAAUUUGUUAAUGAUAUGUAGCUAUUUAAUUUUCCCUGUUCUUUAUUGUAAUCAUGCAUUUUUUGAGAAAAAAGUUGAUCUUUUUUUUUUGUUUGUUGUAGAUUUGUCUGUAAUAAGGUUAAAAAGUGCAGGAACACAGUUAUUCUAUGAGAACACUGCAUUAGCAUUAAUAGCCACUAGUUUAUUAUUGCUAAAGGCUACUGAGCAUUGUUACAGUAGAAUAUCGAACACUGAAGAUGCUGAUCUGUGGGCAGUUUGCCUCUUAUGUAAGCGAAUUGAACAAAUGUAUUCAGCUAGAGAAUUACCCGUCUGAGAUGGGUAACUCCACACUGAACCCGGUCUGCCUGGGAUUAAUCUUAAAAGUUAUUUAAAUAGUUGAUUUCCUGAGGAAGACUAGCUGUGCUUCCUUAGAUAACUGACAUUGAAACAAACUGUUUACAAAGUUCCUUUACAUGGAAGAUGCAUCUACAGUGUACUUCUAAAUACCCUAAACUGUUUUGUAAAAUCUGUAUUAUACCCUCUUUCUGUGGCCUUGUUUCUCCUGAAAAUAAAAAAAAGGUUUUGGCAGGCCACCUUUUUUGUACUUAAAAGUAGCCUCAAUGAACAAUAAAGUGCUCUUAAACUACAA